CCCAAUUAUUCCCUAUUCCCAGCGCCCAGUCCCUGGCCUCUUCCCACUAGAACCGCCACUAGCCCUGCUUACCCUACCCUGUCCUUGUCUUCCCUGUCUACCCUGUCAGUCAGCUACUCCGCCUUGAAACCCUCACAUCGCUUGCACUUCUCUUGCCCAAGCGCCUGGUCGAGGGACAACUCUCUCCAAAGAAACUCUUCCACCUAAUCUCACUCUUCAACCAACGUCUUCAACGUACUACCACAAACUCCCGACAACCCACCCAACCAGAUCUGGCAAAUAUCAUUCAUCACGCAUCCCGCCGACCAAGAACCCAACGAGCCAAGCCAAGAGGAACCCGACAGACCCAACGACGCGAGUCCUGGGAUUCAACGCGAGAUACUACAGGACACAGCCUUGGAUGGGCGUCUCCACCAUUACACAACACCGGACGAGUACUCUGCAUUUACCAUCCCGUCAUCCACCGCCUCACAUCUAUUAUCUUUCCCUCAUCCCGCCCUCCCAAACAUUCGACAUCCCCAUUCCCAACUUCUCGGGACCAGACCCUCGCCAGCUCCCCGGGAUCCAAUACCAACGCGCCCCCACCAAGAGCUUCACACCCUCACCCUCACCACGGCCGACUCUCGAGUCAAUGCCCUCGCCGUAACGCGCCACGUACGGCAAACGAGUCCGAAUAAACUGUUGGUAUGGCACCCCCCGCGGCAACAGCGAGGCGUUCGUCGCCACUACGCCGGCGUGAGAAGUCGCCGGUGAAACAAACUGGAGAGAGUGCAUAUCCAUACGAGUAUCCUGCGUCGAGAGCGCGGCCGUCAGCUGAGAGUGCAUAUCCAUAUGAACAUCCCUCGUCGAGAGCGAGGCCGUCAUGGAGGACAGAGCCAGAAGAGGACGAUGGGUUCGAGGAGGAGGAGGAAGAGGAUCUUUACGGGCUAGAACCUUCAUAUACGGAGAGAUCGUCGAGGCAGGCUUCAUAUAUGCAGAGGCCGCCGAGGCAGGAGCCGCUAGAUAGGCGGAGUUUAGAACCGGAGGGGAGUAUAGAUCUCGACGACGACCCAGGUGAGGACAUCGACCUUGACACGGUCUCGCGGUUAGCAUAUGCCUUCAGUCGACGGUCUGGAACGCAGCGUGACCCGUCGAUGCCGUCGCUCCGCGAUAUCGGGCGGAGGGGCCGGGCUUCGUGUUCGCUUCUUGUUCAGAGCAAGGGAAAGGGGAAGGAGAAGUACGAAGGGAUCGCACAGGUGGCGCCGCUGGAGUCGAUAUCAGAGUCGAUAGCUACGUCGGUGCCGAGGUCGAUACCGGUCGCUUUCGACUACCGCGCACGACGGGCGGAUUCACCUGCACCGAUACCCGCGCCUAUGGGGGAUGAAAUCGAGGCCGACCACCCGUUCUCAGACACGUACUCGGCGUUCUACCUCACGCCGCUGCCGCCUCUAACCACAACAUCCUACACCCCGGAUACCCUCCCCGUCCCGAAACGGCGCACAAGCCACUAUAUAAACCGGCCUACCAUCAUCCCACCACACACAACGGCGAUUAUAAUCGCCGAAUCCGCGAAUACCUCUCCAACCACCACCACCGCCACCAAUACCACAACUACCACCACCAACCCCGCCACAACUUCAACAUCCACAUCAGCCACCACCGCCCAAACACACACAACAACCCAGGUCCCUCCCGCUGCCCUCACCCCCGACCCACCCGAAGACGACGUCGACGACGAAGGAUUCUCCGAACCCACCGUCAUCGAGCGACUCGAAGCGCUGGAUCGGGAACGGGAACAGGCCUUUCUCGCGGGUCUAUCGCGCGCGUGUGGGCGCGUUGCUUCGCGGAGAGGGAUGGGUGAUUUAGGGAUGGAUGGGAUGGGAGGAGGGAGGGAGGGAGGAGGGGUGGUGAGACCGAGGGUUAGGAAGAGGAUUAGUAAGAGGAAGGGGGGGCGGAGGGAUCCUUGAGGGGGGCUGUGACUGGGAUCACUCACUGCCAUCGUUGAACGACUGACAACGGUAUAUUUGGCGAAACUGCUGCGUCCUAGAUGGACUUACCAACCUCGCCUCGAGAAGCUGGGGUUGAGGUUCUUUCGUUUCUUUUUUAUUUCAACAAGCAUCAGCAAUAGCGUGGAGCGAUCUUAUUUAUUUUCAGCAAACGACCAGACAGACGGACAGAGGGGCGGAAAGCAUAGGGCGUAGAGGAAGGAAAAGGGUGGCCUAUGUGUUACCAGGUGCAUUAGCGUGGGUGUGCGUGUGGCGUUGUCGGAUAUUUUUGGAGAAAGAGGGAUUUGGCGAUGUUAUUUUGGAUACCCAACCUACGACUUUGCUCAUUUAUUAGUUUUUACACCAUUUAUUCGAUUUUUGGAUGAGGGUGGAUGGAUCGGUUGGUCGGCUGUGUGGAUGCGCAUGGCGCCGGGCCAAGAGGUGGGGGUGGGGGGUGGGAAGAGAGAGAUAUAUUAUCCACCGAUUUUGCGUGUGUAUACGCGAGGAUCGGAGGGAAGCGGGGGUAUAUAAAUACAUAUACAGAUGGAGAGGGGUCCAUGCGGGCGGAGAUGGGAUAAAAUUGGAAAUCCAUACACUCACUCCCAACCAACCUACCUAGCUUCAACCCCGAUUCGGGGCGUGAAAUCGUCGCGCCUGCUGUGAUUUUGUGAGAGACUGUGUAUGUGACGGGCAGAACAUACGGUACAAUUUAAAAAGUUGUUCCCGACAGCAACGGACGAGCAUUCUAUCUCAUCUCAAAGCUAUGUAAAGUAUAGUGAAACAUCGUGAAGAGUCAUAAAGCAUCACAAAGAAGCACAAAACAUCUACCCCUAAUCCGAACCAUACGUAUCCUCAUACGCCUCCUCAUACACCGCUCUCGCCUCCUCGACCUCCUCCCUAUCACUACUACUAACCGAGCUCCCAUCCGCCGUCUCCUUAGGCAGCUCUCCCUGCAUCGGUGCAGCGUGAUGCUCAUCAUCAUCAUCUACCACAAAGCAAAGCAACAUAUUAGCAUUCUCCACCACCGAAAGCUAGAAAAAAACCAGGGGUGGACAUACCAAGAGCAUUCAUGAGCAGCGCACCGCCGAUUGCGCCAGCGGCCACGCCACCAGCUGCACCCAUCAUCAUCAUCUUCUUAUCGUCCUUCUCUUUCUUCUUUUCCUGGUCCUUAUACUCGCCCUGUCCAGCAUACCCACUUUGAUCAUACCCGCCCUGUCCGCCAUACCCAGGCUGUCCUCCAUACCCUCCCUGCCCUCCAUAUCCAGCAUCGUAACCACCAUGGUUGUUAUCUAAUCCGCGAGUCCCAUCAUCGUGCCCCCCAUACGAAGGGGAGGUAGGAACCGUCCACACGACUUUGCUAUUCGAGACCUCUAGAUACGCCCACCGCGAGCCGGCGGGGUCCCAGAGCGCCGACCAGCCUUGAGGGAGG